GGUGCGUUUCUACUUCUCAAAUAAUUAUUGUAGAGAUCAAUAAAGCUUUGAGGAAAGAUGAUGAAUUUUGCAGUGACAGCAAUUUCCUCAUCUCUCUCGUGCUCUCCUCUGCUUCUUCCUUCUCAAGGGCCAAAACGGCGAAUGCAAUGGAAAAGAAACGAUAAGAGACAGUUCUCGAGAAAGGUGGCUGUUUCCGGUGUAAUAACUGCGGGGUUUGAGCUGAAGCCGCCUCCUUAUCCUCUUGAUGCUCUGGAACCGCAUAUGAGCCGGGAAACCUUGGAUUAUCACUGGGGCAAACAUCACAGAACUUACGUAGAGAAUCUGAACAAGCAAAUCGUAGGCACAGAUCUAGAUACACUGUCCUUGGAAGAAGUUGUGCUUCUUUCAUACAACAGAGGCAAUAUGCUUCCUGCCUUCAACAACGCUGCACAGGCUUGGAACCACGAGUUCUUCUGGGAGUCUAUCCAACCUGGAGGUGGAGGAAAGCCAACUGGAGAGCUCCUCAGAUUAAUAGAGAGAGAUUUCGGGUCUUUCGAAGAGUUUUUGGAAAGGUUCAAGUCGGCUGCAGCUUCUAAUUUUGGUUCAGGUUGGACAUGGCUAGCAUAUAAGGCGAAUAGACUUGACGUUGCAAAUGCCGUAAAUCCACUCCCAAAGGAGGAAGACAAGAGGCUUGUAAUAGUGAAGACGCCCAAUGCAGUAAAUCCGCUUGUAUGGGAUUAUUCUCCACUUCUCACCAUUGAUACCUGGGAGCAUGCUUACUAUCUGGAUUUUGAGAACCGAAGAGCUGAAUACAUAAAUACAUUCAUGGAAAAGCUUGUGUCAUGGGAAACUGUAAGCACAAGGUUAGAAUCCGCAAUGGCUCGAGCACUGCAAAGAGAACAAGAAGGAACAGAGACAGAAGAUGAAGAGAAUCCAGAUGAUGAAGAGCCAGAGGUCUAUUUAGAUAGUGAUAUUGAUGUAUCUGAGGUUGACUAAAACGGUAAAACCUGUGAAGCAAUAACAUUAGCAUUUGAAA